ACUAAAUGUGUUUACCGACUUUGUGCAGUUGGUAAUGUUCAACCCAACUCCAACCCCAACGUAACUCUGAUCCCAUGGAAACAGGCAAGGCAACUUAACUCUAACCCGACUCUAACCCGAUUUGGACCCUCGAUGGAAACGUAGUCUAUGUCGAUAUACAAGUAAUCCGUCGCUAAAACUUCUACGGUAUUUCUAAUUAUGAAUAUUGACAUUUUGAUGUAGAUUGUGUAUGCUUCGGUUCGUACGAUACGUAAAUAACAUUAUUACUUGCGAAGCAAUUUCAUGCUACUCGAUUGAUACGUAAUAAACUGAUCCAGAAUGUUUGGAAAAUAUGGCACAGUAUUUGUGUUUUAAAAAGUAUUAAAUUAUUCACGGUGAUUUAUAUUGAGAAUUGAAUGAUUUUAUAUCACAGUAAUUAAACAUGUCAACAUUGGAAGAUAAAAUUUUGGGAGAAAAAUUACACUAUUAUUGUAGUAGUUCCAGUGAAGACGAAGAAAAUGAUUCAGUAGAUUCGGAUAAAGAUGUAGAUGAUGAAAGAUAUCAAAGAGUAAUUACAGAUACUAUAGAACCAUCCUUCUCAGAAUGGGAUGGAACUUCCAGAAACACUGGCCCAAAGGGUGUUAUAAAAGAUUGGCAACGAUAUAAACAACUGCAAGUAGAAAAAAGAGAAGAAGAAGCAAAGGAACAGCUUGAAUUAAUAAACAAAUUAAUUUUAACAUGCCGUAGUUCUUUGGACGAAGAAAAAGAAAAAAUUAUGCAAACUGAUCCAGAUCUUGCUGAAUUAUUAUCUGAUGAAUCCCUGUUAGAUUAUCAGAGACAAAGAAUGAAAGAAAUGCUUGCAAGAUCUGAAAAACUACGCUUUGGCAAAGUUAUUUAUCUAGAAACAGCAGACCAAUUUUUAGAAGCAAUCGAUAACGAAGACAAAUCUGUGACAAUUGUUGUUCACAUUUAUGAAAACAAUGUCCCUGGCUGUGAAGCUAUGAAUGGAUCUUUAAUAUCUCUUGCAGAAGAUUAUCCAUUUGUAAAAUUUUGUAAAAUUUUAGGUUCAGUAGCUGGACUGAGUAAACACUUUAAGAAAGAAGGGGUACCAGCUUUAUUAGUUUAUAAAACAGGUCAAGUAAUAGGAAACUUUGUUCAUAUAACUGACGAUUUAGGCGUAGACUUUUACGCAUCCGAUGUCGAAGCUUUUUUGAUCGAACACGGAAUGCUUACUGAUAAGAACUGUGUACCUGCAAUCAUCUCGUAUUCUCAGAAUGAGAAUAUAUUAUCAGAUAGCGAAUAAAUAAAACACAUAAAUUGUU